GUCGCCCUGCUCAACUAACGGCCAGCAGUUGGUAAAUUACUCCUUGCCCCUAGCCCAAGCUAGGUACGACGUAGAGUUGCGCGCGCGCGUGUGUGUGGUGUGUGCUGUUACGUCUUUUAUCCACUUCGCCCGUGUGAAUGGAUUUGGCGGAGAACGCUUGGAGACAACGUGGCUCAAUAACGUGGUACCGGUAGUUUAUUUAUCGCUGGUGUUUGUGGAACAGUUUUCUUCUCUCGACCACAUUAUAUCGACGAUACUUGAAGGAUUAUAUCUGCAUUGCCAGACACGUGUCCGCAGGAAGGAGCUUCUUUCGUUGUUACAGGGUGUCGAAAAGUUCGAGGAAAAAGUAACUGCUUAAGGAAGUGGAUCAGCGGUUCUGAACGAGUCUGCGGAUAUAAAAACUGAGGACGAACGGGAAAACGUUGGACUUUAAGGAAUUCUCAACGGGAUUAAAGAGUUUCAACCAGUGACUUGUUGUUGAGAGGUUCGGCACCUUCAAGAGGAACCCGGGCACGAAUAUAACGCAGAUUCCAGUGCAGUCUGUACGAUUUUGAUUGUCCAAAGAAACCUUUGUGUACCCGGUGACGUCAAGAACUGGCCUACACCUGGACCAGGUCAAUACGGAGCACCGCGCCAAGUGAUUUCAAUGGAUUGUACAGAAAUAAGCUCUUUUAAAGAUUGACCACUGCAAAAAUGAAUGUUGUCACAAAAAGUGUUUACUGAAUACAAACCAGGAAUAUUUCACUCGCCACGUUUCUACAGUGCUCUGUAUGUACACAUUCCACUCAUAGCUACACGGCUUGGUGAAAGUGGUUCACGUUAACGGACACCUGGAGAUAUAGUUUGUCCUGCUAGUUAAAAGUCCUUCAUUAAUCAUUCAGGUGCUGCUUUUUAUUUUCCACUAAGCGUGUGCUGAGAACGUUUUGUUACCUCUUUCGGGAUUUACUGAUACCCCAAAUACUUACGUUUCGUUCGAUUAUUUCUUACAUAUUGUGAAUGCUAUCUGGUUUUCUUACUAUUGUUUCUAAUCGAGACGGUUUUGAUAAAGUAUACUUUUACUUGAUUCUUAUUAUUCUAAGCAGUUAUUGAUUCCCUUCGGUAUCUGGACGAAGUCCCGGAUAUGGUAUGAAUUCCCACCCCGUGCUUGCAACUUACUUGAUUUGUUCGUACAUUUGCUUGUGAAAAAGUCCCAGUUUGAAAGUCCAUGCAGUUUGGCAAUCUGUUUCACUUUGAUUACAUCCCAGAAGUUUUUCCUGUCUCGUGUUUAAACAGUUUGUAGCCUUGCCCUGUCGACAAACGAACCUUUUCUACUUUCUUUUCCUGUCGAAUGGUAAAUCAAGCGUGUAAAGGUCCAAACUGAACACCCGAUCUAGCCAGCUAUAGCGCUUACGUCACGGAGUAUUACACAUUUGACCUAUUUAUCACGUGGUCGUCAUCUCGACCAAUCACUGCGGCUGUGACAGACGAACAUGGCAAGCUUCUUCCGCCGGCGUCGAGGCUUCCUGAUCAAGCUUCUCAUCGCCGUCCCCUGCCUCUACCUCCUCUCCCUGUUCUUCAUCGGCAGUGGCAGCAGUGGGGAUAAGAAAUCCGCUCGCUCGAAUGAAGGCGCUGCCAACGUCUACGGCGGAAUAGCAAAAGGGGACGGUGGGGGGUUCCACAACGGGAAUGUGCGCCGAGACGACCGCAACCUGCAGGAACACGUGCCUGUGAGGAACCCGGAAGCCGAGAGGGGUGGCGCUGGUGGUGCUCUGAAGUUCGACGGUCGUCACCAGGACGAGGUGGACCAGGUACCCCAGGACGCUGGCCGCCACGUGCACGUGAUCAACGUGGAGGAGAAGCAGUCCCAGGGCGGGGUGGACAGGACGCAGGUGCGGGAACAGCAGGAAGCUGCAGACCACGAGGCUGACCUUGUGGAGCCCGAGCACGAUCCUAAUGCGCCUGGUGCAAGAGCAUGUCGUACCAUGACCGGCUGCCGGACACCAGUGUGGUCAUCUGCUUCCACAACGAGGCGUGGUCAGUGUUACUUCGCACAGUGCACAGCGUCAUAGACCGGACGCCCGCCCAUCUGCUCAAGGAGGUCAUUCUGGUGGACGAUUUCUCUGAUAUGGAUCAUCUAAAGAAGCCUUUGGAAGAUUAUGUGGCGAAACUGGGCAAAGUGAAGAUCACGCGUACACAGAAGAGAGAGGGCCUGAUCCGUGCCAGGCUGCUGGGCUUCUCCGUGGCCACGGCGGACGUUGUGACGUUCCUCGACUCCCACUGCGAGUGUACCAAAGGCUGGGUGGAGCCUCUCCUUGACCGUAUCGCUAUUGACGAGAAGAAUGUGGUGUGUCCUGUGAUUGAUGUCAUCGAGGACGACACACUCAAGUACCAGUACGGAAGUGCCAAGUCCACCAGCAUUGGCGGCUUUGACUGGAACAUGCAGUUCUCCUGGCACGCCAUUCCAGAGUAUGAAAGAAAGCGACGGGAGAGUGAUGUCAUGCCCAUCAGGUCACCCACUAUGGCCGGAGGGCUCUUUGCGAUCAGCCGUAAAUACUUUGAGACCCUUGGAACAUAUGACCCUGGCAUGGAUAUUUGGGGAGGGGAAAAUCUGGAGCUUUCUUUCAGGGUGUGGAUGUGUGGUGGUAUCUUAGAAAUCGUGCCUUGCUCUCACGUGGGUCACAUCUUCCGUAAGCGUUCACCCUACAAGUGGAGGACGGGUGUCAACGUUGUGAAGAAGAACUCCAUACGUCUCGCCGAAGUCUGGAUGGACGACUACAAAAACUAUUACUACGAGCGAUUCAAUUAUGAUUUGGGUGACUUUGGCGAUGUGAGCGAGCGGAAGGCUCUACGAAACAAACUAGGCUGUAAAUCGUUUGACUGGUAUGUGAAGAACGUCUACCCAGAUCUUUUUGUGCCUGGGGAGUCCAAGGCUUCUGGUGAUAUCCGCAGCAAGGCCAAACCAAUGUGCAUCGACAGCCCAGCCGACCACCACAACUACCACAAGCCUGUCAACAUGUGGCCUUGUCAUAACCAGGGAGGAAAUCAGUACUGGAUGCUGAGCAAACUUGGAGAGAUAAGAAGAGAUGACGGCUGCCUGGACUACUCCGGUGGCUCUGAUGUGAUUAUCUACCCUUGCCACGGACAGAAAGGAAACCAAGAAUGGGAGUACAGAGAGGACAACACUCUGCUGCACGUAAAUACACAGAAAUGUGCAGAGGUCUCCGUAGAUGGCAAGAAACUGACCAUGAAGUCAUGCACUGGAGUUGACCGUCAGAUCUGGGUGUGGAAAAGGAAAGCUCCUUCGGGUAUUGUACCUGAUGAGCACUAGCAUAGUCAUCCAGUCAUCAUGAUGUUUGGUUUGGGGGGGGGGG